GCAGGAGAAGAACAUGGCGUCCAUUAUUAGAGGUGCGGCAUCCUCCGAUUGAUUGUAAACACGUAAAUUUUAAGUAUACACUUUAUCCCUAGAAAUAUUUAUCAUAAUCUAAUUCGUGAUAUUUCAUUUUUAUAGACACAAGUGAGAUUUGGAGCCGAUUAUUCCGUCAUCGACCAUUUAUUCAAGGCGAAAUUACAUUCUUUCUUCGUGAAUUUCAGGUAAAAAGUUCCGAUUUUCUUAUUAUUAAUAGCUGUAUUUUUAUAUAAAAAAAAAGAAUUAUGAAAGAUCAUAAAAAAAUAUUAUCUAUUAAAGAAUGAGUUGAUUAUUUUGUGUAUGCAUUGGUAAUAAUUUGUCAUCGUACAUAACCUAAAAUUUAUAGGAAAAGAGAGGCGACCGAGAAGUGGAACGACUUUUCAAGAUACUUGAAUAUUCAACGGAAUUGAAGGAAAGUCAACUCGAUCGAGCAGAACAACUUGGAGAUUGUCAUUUGCCAAGUUUGAAAGCAAAUGUUGAUGUUGCUCUAAGUAUGUGUGAAAGAGUUCUUCAAAGGGAACAAGAUUUUGACAGUGAUAUAGCAUUGCAAGAAAAUAGAGAAAUAAGAAAAUUAGAAUGGGAAAAGUUUGUUAAUGAUAUGAGUGAAAAGUGUGAAAAAGUAAAUCAAACUUUUGACGAAAAAGAGAAUGAAAUAAAAGAAUUUUAUAUUGACUUAGAAAGGAAGUUACACAUUACAUCAUAAGUGUUGUUAUAUAAAAAUAUUCUACAAAUAUAUUUUGUACUUUGUAAUAAUUUAUAUCGAUUUUGGAUUUAAUGUAUUAUAUUUAACAACAGUUAUUUUAUUAAUAAUAGAGUAUUUCUAUUUAAACAAUAUAAGAAUGCCAAUUGAAUUAAUAGAAGAUUCUUCCAUUAAAAUCAAACCAAAUAAGAAAUUAAUAGAAUUUAUUUGCAAAAAUGUAAAGAAAACAAAUAAUACUCCACCCACUAUUAUUGCCAUAAAGAAAUCGACAAAAGACAAGCAGAAAGAUAUUUUAUUAAAAUUGAAUGAACUACGAUGGUUGAACAAAUAUUUAGAAGAGUACAGAACUAUCAACAUGGAAAGUAUUUAUUUACAUGAACUUUUAGAGGAAGAUGAUAUCAGAUUACCAACUCCAAAAGUUACACCAAGAAAUCCUGAGUUGGAAGCUAGAAUGCAAAAAUUGAGAGCACAACAGAAUGCUAUCAAAUAUAGAGCUAUGACUAAAAAUGUAGAUACUGUUACAAGGAAUCUACCAGAAGACAGCAUUUCCUAUCAAAUGAAACAGAUAAAUAAGCAACUCAUAGCUGUUGCACAGUUUGUAUUUUCCGUACUAGCAGGUUUUGCGUUUGGAUUUAUAGGUGUGGAAUUAAUAGUAGGAAAUUUAGACUUUGGGUUUAGAUUAUUAUUAGGUAUAAUUUGUGCAUUAAUUAUUGCCUUGGCUGAAAUUUAUUUUUUAGCAAUUAAAUUAAAUGAGGAUAUAUAUGAUACAGUUUCAACAACAUCAACUAAAAAAUUGCAUCAAGAAUAAAAUUUUAUAAAGUAUUACUGUUAUUAAUUCACACUCUUCUUGAAUUGUCUUUUUGCAAUUUCUAUAAAAAUAAAACAUGGAACAAUUAUGUGCCAAUAUAUAAAAUGCACAAAAAACAAUUUCUAAUGCAGUUAAAAGAUCAGCAUAGAAAAAUUAAUUUGCAUUUAUUUUGUAUUAUGGCACUUUCUAGGCUAAAUUGUAAAUCCUUUAUUUUGUACUGUGCAGAGUUGGAAAGAAGAGAAGUGAUAGUAAGUUUCUUAAUAAAUAAAUUCAAUAAAUUUUUAAAUAUAAAUGUCUGUUGGCCAAAAAUAAAUAAAUAAACACAAAUAAACAAACUCGUAUAGCACAGCAUGUUGGUAAGUGAUGACAGAUAACUAUAUUUUUUGCCCCUUUACCGUUUCACUAGUCUUGUUUUUAGUUCCGCACAGUACAUAUUUUUUGAAUUACUUUUCGUAAUAUGGCUAUGAAUUAUAAAUGUGUUUUAUUGUUAAUAAAGAUGUUCUAUUUAAUCUUCAAUUUAUCUUUAAUGAAUACAUACAAAAAUAGUAUUAAAUACCUAGAAUUAUUGUCUGUAUUUGAUCUAAAAUAUUAAAUAGACAAAUAGUUUGAAUAUUCUGUAAAAACUAAGUGUUUGCAAAGUUCACAGUGGUAUAUUGUUUUAAAUUGAGUUCGAGGUAUGUUUCUUAAAUAAUCAGAGAGCUGGUUUAUGAAAAUAAAUAUCUGCUUUCCUAUCUUUUGCUUUCAUCUUCACUGUCACUUUUAUCACUGGCUUCACUUCUGUCACUAGCAGAAUCACAUUUGCCAUUCUCUUUUGUUUCACUCUCAUGCUCACUAUUUGACGAAUUGUCAGCCUUUCUAUCACUGUCAGAACAAGAAUCUGUAUCUGAUUCACUGUCACUGUCCGAGUCUGAGCUACUUUCUGAAGAACUGCUAUGUGAAUUUUUUGCAGCCAUCAUUUCUUUGAAUUGUCUGACUGUAAUCUUCCUGGGCAUUAUUUCUCUGAGAAAUUCCAAUGUAUCAUUGGUCUGUACUACCUCUGCAAGAUGCUUAUAGUCUAAAGAAUUUCCUUUGCUACUUCUCAAAUGAGCUUCUUCCGUUAGAUAAUGUAUAAAUAGUUCCUUAGCCUUUGUGACUAGAUACAAUCCAUCUUGCCCGAUUGUAUCGACGUAAGGAGAACUUCUCAUAAUUGUUUUUACUCUUGACAUAGGCAAACGUAAUUCCUUCAUUUUUGCGGGCGAAUUUUGCGCAGUCAUUUUUACUGAAAAUUGAUUUCUCUUAGAACCAAACUAACUGUACGACAGUAACGUCUAUUAUUC